GUGCACAAGGAAGGAACGAUGUGAACGCUCCAGUGAGCCUCGGAGAUUCGCCUCGGAGAUGAAGCAAUGUGUCCGGCUUACUGUGCAUCCCAACAACAUCUCUGUCUCCCAGUACAACGUAUUGCUGGUCUUGGAAACCUACAAUGUCCCUGAGCUGUCAGCAGGAGUCAAUUGCACUUUCGAAGACCUUUCAGAGAUGGAUGGCUUGGUGGUGGGCAGUCAGAUCCAAUGCAUCUCACCAGCUGCCAAAGAGGUGCCCCAGAUCAUCACAGAGAACGGAGACCAUCACAUUGUCCAGCUUCAGCUCAAGUCCAAGGAAACGGGUGUGACCUUUGCCAGUACCAGCUUUGUCUUCUACAACUGCAGCGUCCACAACUCGUGCCUGUCAUGCGUGGAGAGCCCUUACCGGUGUCACUGGUGCAAGUACCGCCACGUCUGCACUCACGACCCCAGCUCCUGCUCCUUCCAGGAGGGACGAGUCAAGCUGCCUGAGGACUGUCCUCAGCUGCUGCAGGCAGAAAAGAUCCUCGUGCCGGUGGAAGUGAUCAAGCCAAUCACACUGAAGGCCAAGAACUUGCCCCAGCCGCAGUCAGGCCAGCGAGGCUACGAGUGCAUCUUGAACAUCCAGAGCAAUGAACAGCGAGUGCCUGCCUUGAGAUUCAACAGCUCCAGUGUGCAGUGCCAGAACACUUCGUAUUCAUACGAAGGGAUGGACAUUAACAGCCUGCCAGUGGAGCUGACGGUCGUGUGGAAUGGGAAUUUCAACAUUGACAACCCAGCACAGAACAAAGUUCACCUCUACAAGUGUGGGGCCAUGCGGGACAGCUGUGGACUCUGCCUGAAAGCCGACCCGGACUUUGAAUGUGGCUGGUGUGAGGGGCAGAACCAGUGCACGCUGAAGCAGCACUGCCCAGCCCAGGAUAGCCAGUGGCUGGAGUUGUCCAGCACGAAGGGCAAAUGCACCAACCCCAAGAUCACAGAUAUUAAUCCAGUGACAGGCCCUCGUGAAGGAGGAACCAAAGUGACCAUCCGUGGGGAGAAUCUUGGGUUGGAGUUCAGAGAUAUUGCAUCUCACGUCAAAGUAGCUGGGGUGGAAUGCAAACCGCUGGUGGAAGGGUACAUCCCAGCAGAGCAGAUAGUAUGUGAGAUGGGGGAGGCCAAGCCCAGCCAGCAUGCUGGAUUCGUGGAAAUCUGUGUGGCCGAGUGCAAACCAGAGUUCAUGGCCAGGUCUUCACAGCUCUACUACUUCAUGACUCUGACACUCUCUGAUCUCAAGCCGAAGAGGGGACCAGUGUCGGGUGGCACCCAAGUGACAAUUACGGGCAACAACCUCAAUGCAGGCAGCAAUGUCAUCGUGACCUUUGGACGACAACCGUGUCUCUUCUACAGGAGAUCCACCAAGCACAUUGUCUGUAAUACCACUGCCUCAGAUGAAGGCUUUGAGAAGGUGAAGGUGUCUGUUAGAGUAGACAAGGCCAAGAUACAUCAGGAGUUGCAGUAUGAGUAUGUAGAAGAUCCAACCAUCCUGAGGAUCGAGCCUGAGUGGAGCAUCUUCAGUGGUAACACACCCAUUGCAGUGUGGGGAACUCACCUAGACCUGAUCCAAAAUCCUCAGAUCCGGGCAAAGCAUGGUGGAAAGGAACACGUCAAUAACUGUGAGGUGCAGAACAGCACAGAGAUGACCUGCCAGGCUCCAGCAUUGGCUGUGGACCCCAAUCACCAGUCUGAGCUUGCCGAGCGUCCAGAGGAGUUUGGCUUCAUUCUUGACAACGUGCAGUCCCUGCUGAUCCUCAACAAAACCAACUUCACCUACUAUCCAAACCCAAUCUUUGAGGUUUUUAAUCCCUCGGGGAUUCUGGAGCUGAAGCCAGGAAGUCCCAUUAUAUUGAAGGGCAAGAACUUGAUCCCACCAGUGGCAGGAGGGAAUGCCAAGCUGAACUACACUGUUUUGGUUGGUGAGAAGCCCUGUGCGGUGACCGUAUCAGAUGUGCAGCUACUGUGUGAAUCCCCAAACCUUAUUGGACGGCACAAGGUGAUGGCUCGUGUAGGAGGGAUGGAGUUCUCCCCUGGAAUGGUCUACAUCUCUCCAGACAGCCCUCUCAGCUUGCCAGCUAUCGUCAGCAUUGCGGUGGCCGGUGGCCUGCUCAUCAUCUUCAUCGUGGCUGUGCUGAUUGCAUACAAACGCAAAUCUAGAGAAAGUGACCUCACCCUCAAGCGUCUGCAGAUGCAGAUGGACAACCUGGAGUCCAGGGUGGCACUAGAGUGCAAGGAAGCCUUUGCAGAGCUACAGACAGAUAUUCAUGAGCUAACAAGUGAUCUGGAUGGAGCUGGGAUCCCUUUCCUCGAUUACCGAACCUACACCAUGAGGGUGCUUUUCCCUGGCAUUGAAGAUCAUCCAGUCCUGAGGGAUCUGGAGGUCCCUGGUUAUAGGCAGGAACGUGUGGAGAAAGGCCUGAAGCUCUUUGCCCAGCUCAUCAACAACAAGGUUUUCCUGCUGUCCUUCAUCCGCACACUGGAGUCCCAACGCAGCUUCUCCAUGAGGGACCGUGGUAACGUGGCCUCACUGAUCAUGACAGUGCUGCAGAGCAAGCUGGAGUAUGCUACUGAUGUCCUCAAACAGCUCUUGGCUGACCUCAUAGACAAAAAUCUGGAGAGCAAGAACCACCCCAAGCUGCUGCUCAGGAGGACAGAGUCUGUGGCUGAGAAAAUGCUCACCAACUGGUUCACCUUCCUUCUGUACAAGUUCCUCAAGGAGUGUGCUGGAGAACCUCUUUUCUCCCUCUUCUGUGCCAUCAAACAGCAGAUGGAAAAGGGUCCCAUCGACUCAAUCACUGGGGAGGCCCGGUACUCACUGAGUGAGGACAAGCUCAUACGACAGCAGAUUGAUUACAAGACACUGGUCCUGAGCUGCGUGAACCCUGACAACGUGAACAGCCCUGAGAUCCCGGUGAAGAUCCUGAAUUGUGACACCAUCACACAAGUCAAGGAGAAAAUCCUCGAUGCCAUUUUCAAGAACGUGCCCUGUUCCCACCGACCCAAAGCUGCUGAUAUGGACUUGGAAUGGCGGCAAGCAAGCGGGGCAAGGAUGAUCCUUCAGGAUGAAGACAUCACAACCAAGAUAGAGAAUGACUGGAAGAGACUCAACACACUGGCACACUAUCAGGUAACUGUUCCCUUUUUAGGAUCUGUGGUAGCUUUAGUCUCCAAGCAAGUCACUGCCUACAAUGCAGUCAACAACUCCACAGUCUCCCGGACAUCAGCCAGCAAGUAUGAAAACAUGAUCCGUUACACAGGCAGCCCAGACAGCCUCCGUUCCCGCACACCCAUGAUCACCCCUGACCUUGAGAGUGGAGUCAAGAUGUGGCACUUGGUGAAGAACCAUGAGCAUGGUGACCAAAAAGAGGGUGACCGGGGCAGCAAGAUGGUUUCUGAGAUCUACUUGACAAGACUACUUGCCACCAAGGGCACCCUCCAGAAAUUUGUAGAUGACCUCUUUGAAACCAUCUUCAGCACUGCUCACCGUGGCAGUGCGCUUCCCUUGGCUAUCAAAUACAUGUUUGACUUUCUGGAUGAACAGGCUGACAAGCACAACAUCCAUGACCCCCACGUGCGGCACACCUGGAAGAGCAACUGCCUGCCAUUAAGGUUUUGGGUUAACAUGAUCAAGAACCCACAGUUCGUCUUUGACAUCCACAAGAACAGUAUCACAGAUGCCUGCCUUUCUGUAGUGGCUCAGACUUUCAUGGACUCCUGUUCAACCUCAGAGCACCGUCUGGGCAAAGACUCACCCUCCAACAAGCUUCUUUAUGCCAAGGACAUCCCCAGCUACAAGAACUGGGUGGAAAGGUACUAUUCUGACAUCGCCAAAAUGCCAGCAAUCAGUGACCAGGACAUGAAUGCAUACUUGGCUGAGCAGUCUCGCAUGCAUAUGAAUGAGUUCAACACUAUGAGUGCACUCUCCGAGAUAUACUCCUACGUUGGCAAGUACAGCGAGGAGAUUCUUGGAGCCCUUGAUCAAGAUGACCAGGCUGGGAAACAGAAACUUGCCUACAAACUUGAACAAGUCAUAACCCUCAUGAGCAUAGACAGCUGA